AGUGACUCGAGUGACUUGCACAACCUGGAUCAUAUUAGUGAGUGACUCAGAAUAGCCUGAAUCCUUAAAAAGAUCCGGGUUGACCAUCACUAACUCAGACACAACAACUGCCAAAACUCUUUAUACAUACAAGCCAAUUUGCACUUGAUUACAUUCUGUUUUCAAAACUGUUAAACUUAUGUUCAAAACAAUAACAUAAUACAAAACUGAAUAAGACAGCAAUUUGCUACAUUUCUACAGUAAUAUUAGGAAAACUGUGUGAAGAGUUUUGCAAAAGUGACCUAAGUAUUGAGAAAUGUCCUAGGGUCUCUAAAAAACUGUAAUGUUACCUGUGUUCUGCCAUCAUCAGCUACCUGUGUUAUUAAAGUCUCCAGUGUUUUGUAUCCUUGUGUUUAUCAUCAUUUUUAGUAAGCGUAAAUGUGACAUUAUGCUGUUACAAUUUUUCUUUGUUGUUUACAGUGCUGAUUUCAAACAUCCACUCUGGACAAAGUGAAGCUUUACCCACAGUGAGAGUAACACCAGACAGAUCUGUGUUCUUUGGAGAGACAGUCACUCUGAAGUGUGAGAUAAUGGAUCAGUACAGUGACUGGACAUAUCUGUGGUAUAACAGUCGUACUUCAGUGUUUAACCCUGGGCGUUUCACUGUAAACAGAGACUCUCUCACUAUCAAUAGAGUUGCUGAAUCUGAUCAGGAUAAGUACUGGUGUACAGUAGAGAGAGAUGGACAACCACAGCCACAAACAACUUCCCCUGUUUAUCUCACUGUGAAGGCUUUACCCAGAGCUACCGUGAGCGUAAAAGCAGAUGGUCCUUUGUUCACUGGAGAGACAGUCACUCUGAAGUGUGAGAUAGAGGAUCAGUACAGUAACUGGAGAUAUCUGUGGUAUAAACGCGGUAACAAAGUGUUUACCUCUGAGCGUUACACUGUAAACAGAGACUCUCUCACUAUCAACAGAGUUACAAAAUCUGAUCAGAAUGAGUUCUGGUGUAAAGCUGAGAGAGAUGGACGACCACAAUUUUCACAAUCAAGCUCUAAUGUUUAUCUCGCUGUGAAGGCUUUACCCAGAGUUACAGUGAGUGUAACACCAGACAAAUCUGUGUUCACUGGAGAGACAGUCACUCUGGAGUGUGAGAUAGAGGAUCAGUACAGAUCAUUAAACUGGAGAUAUCAGUGGAAUAACAGUCAUAUUGAAGUUUUUAACUCUGGGCGUUACACUGUAAACAGAGGCUCUCUCACUAUCAAUGGAGUUACUGAAUCUGAUCAGAAUGAGUUCUGGUGUACAGUAGAGAGAGAUGGACGACCACAAACUUCACUAUCAAGCUCAUCUGUUGAUCUCACUGUGAAUGCUUUACCCAGAGCUACAGUGAGAGUAACACCAGACAGAUCUGUGUUUACUGGAGAGACAGUCACUCUGAAGUGUGAGAUAGAGGAUCAGUACAGUGACUGGAGAUAUCUGUGGUAUAAAGACACAAAUGGGACAUUAGUGAUUAAGGGAAACGUCUACACCAUCAGCUCACCAUCAGAUCAGGAUGAGUUCUGGUGUAGAGGAGAGAGAGAUGGACGACCCUCAUCCUCACAGGACAGUGUUCAUGUGACUCUCUCAGUUAAAGGUCAGUAA